AUGUACUUCAAUAGUUUGGUCAGCCAGAGAAUUGGGAAAAGCAUCUAUGGUCUUCCAGAGAAGGAGCAAGCGUUACACCUCUUCCACGAACUUGAAAGGUUUGCGAGGACGCACUACUGGCUUCGAGUAGUCACCAUCGAAAGCCUGCAUAUUGCUAAGUUGACGCAGUUGCUCAAGACAUGGCUCGGGGACAAAUUUCAAGUAGUUUUCAUUGACGUGGAAGAUAGCAGGCGUCUCGGUAGGUCGCUUGUGACGGUGGAAGCGUUAAACAGGAACGACCAGAUGAAGCGUGAGAGGGGUGUGGAACUGCUUACGAGAGAGGCGGACUUAGUGACUGACAACAAUGGCACCGUCGAAGCCUCGAUGGAGGCACUUCUUCGCCAUGCGCAUGUCAUGGGGACCGCAACCGAUGGAGACUAG